GGCGGCGGCAGCGGGCGCGGCUGGGGCCGCCUCACAGCGGCUCCGCUCCGGCGGGUAAGCGGCCUCGGGGCUGCCGCUGUGCUCCCCGCUGUCCGCGGGGCCCCGCGCACCGGCGGCUGCGGAGGUGCCGGCGACAUUCCUCCUCCUGCUGCCGACAUUCCUCCUCCUGCUGCCGUCACCCCGCGCCUCGCCCGCCGCGGGUCAGGCCGCCCUGCCCGGCUGAGGGAGCGACGCGGACGACGAGCGGCUUCCCCGGGGAGGGACGCGCGAUCGGCCGCUCCCUCCGGACGAUCGUAUUUUCAGAAAGUGCUUCGAGGAGUCUUCCUUGUGUAGGAAAACCCCACAAGAAACACGACGCGCUUUCUUGGCAACUCCUGAGGCCAAGCUGUCAAGAUGGCAGAAAAUAAGGACAGUAAUGUUAAAAACGCAGACGUGAGACCCAAAAGCAGCCGGAGCAGGAGCGCAGACAGAAAGGAUGGUUACGUCUGGAGUGGAAAGAAGCUCUCCUGGUCAAAAAAGAGCGAGCACUGUCCUGAUGCUGAAACAGCAAGUGCUGCGGGAAGAUCAGGGACUAAUUUAAAGAGCCAAGAGAGGAAGUACAGCUGCUCGUCUAUCGAGCUGGAUCUAGACCGUUCGUGCGGUCACAGGUUUUUAGGGCGGUCUCUCAAACAGAAGCUGCAGGAUGCUGUGGGUCAGUGCUUUCCCAUAAAGAACUGUAGCAGUCGGCACGCCUCGGGGCCGCCAUCAAAAAGGAAAAUUCAUAUCAGUGAGUUGAUGCUGGAUAAGUGUCCUUUCCCUCCGCGCUCGGAGCUGGCUUUUCGCUGGCACUUGAUCAAAAGACAUACAGCCCCUGUAAAUCCAAAAGCAGAAGAGUGGAUAAUUGCUGAUUUAUCCCAGCGUGAGGAAACGGAGGGUCAGCUGCGAGACGGCGAGAUUGCCAAUGGGGAAGCAGAUUCCCCCUCCCAGUCCUGCGACUUGACCGACAGCGGUUCCUCCAGGGGUGAUUCGAGGUCUGAGUUGGUUACAGGGAAGGUGGUAAGGAGCGGUAGGGAUGAGAGCGACAUGGACUCCGAUGACGAAGUUAUAACGCUGUGCACAAGUUCUAGAAAAAGAAACAAGCCCAAAUGGGAAACGGAUGAUGAGCUCCUGCGGAUGGAAACGCCGCCGAAAUACCACACGCAGAUCGAUUACGUCCACUGCCUAGUGCCAGACCUCCUCCAGAUCAAUAACAACCCCUGCUACUGGGGAGUCAUGGAUAAAUACGCAGCUGAGGCAUUGCUGGAGGGAAAGCCAGAGGGAACGUUUUUGUUACGAGAUUCUGCCCAAGAAGACUAUUUGUUUUCCGUGAGCUUCAGGCGCUACAGCCGUUCCCUCCACGCGCGGAUAGAGCAGUGGAAUCACAACUUCAGCUUUGAUGCCCACGAUCCUUGUGUCUUCCAUUCUCCCGACAUCACGGGACUCCUCGAGCACUACAAAGAUCCCAGUUCCUGUAUGUUCUUUGAACCACUUUUAUCCACUCCGUUAAACAGGACUUUCCCUUUUUCCCUGCAACAUAUAUGUCGAACAGUUAUCUGCAACUGUACAACUUACGAUGGUAUCGAUGCGCUUCCCAUUCCCCCAUCGGUGAAGCUGUAUCUGAAGGAAUAUCAUUACAAGUCAAAAGUUAGAGUGCUCAGGAUUGAUGUACCAGAGCAGCAAAGCUAGGAAAUAUUUUUAUGAAACAAUGAAAUAGUCUCUAACAGACAAAUAGUGUGUUCAGUCUUUUUUUCCUUCUACUUUUCCUUUUUUUAGUAGCAAUUUGAUUUUUUCCCUGUUUCUGCAGAUUAUUACCACCUAAAUUAGCCUCCCUCUAGGGCUUUUUUAUCCAAAUGUACUUUUGAGUCUUCCCAGCUCUCUUUUUUUAGAAAUGAUAUUCAUUGUGGGCUUUUGGUACUGUUGCCAGACUAGAGUUUUUCAGCAUUUCAGGUAGGCUUUCUGGUAUUUCUAUAGAUGGAUAAUCUUUAGAUCUUAAAACCCUAAAAAUCAGUUUUGAACUCGAUCUGUCUUUUAUAUUGUAUUUACUGACAUGUUUGAAAUAAUUCACUGUUAACUCAAGAUUGACUUCUCUGUGUUUUCUGCAUUUGUUUUAAAAUGAGUGUGCUCUGGCCUCUGCGUGCAUGUGUGUCCGUCACAUCUAACAGAGUAAAUUCACCAGUCUAUUUCUAACACUACUAUUCCAAGCAAAAUCUAGUUUGAAAGAGGAGAUGAUCCUUCUAUAAAUACACCAGGAGAAGAAACACUAGGGAGGGGAAAAACAAUUCAAGUUAAGGAUGGUGCUCAGUACAGGGAACUAAUGUGUAUGAACUGGUCAUGGAAAGAUUUUGGUUGGAAGAGGAAAGCUCAUCUUUGUCAGAGCAGUGGGGCUCUGAAACAGCUUUUCAUUUUGUGUAAGAGCAGUAAAAAGCAAACUGCACAUAAACUGGGAUUUGAUCAGUGUCUAGAAGGGAUAACGAGAUAGUUACUUAUGAUAGAUGGGAGCUGGUAGCUCUAUUUCAAUGUUACUAUUUCAUUAUUCUCUAUGGCAGCUGCUGCUUCUGCACUGAUAAAACAUGGAGCGGGAGGGACAGGAGGAAGGUAUUUCCUUAAAAAUCUGUAUAUUAAAGUAUCUGAUCUCAACCUCGGGUUGAUCCUGAGGUGAUAAUGAAUAACUCUCCCACUUUGUUACUGGAGGAUUAUUUUUUUAAUAAGCCUAGGCUUUUUUUUAAAAAAAAACAAGGGUGUGGAUUUUUCUUGCAAGGUGAAGCAUUGGGUUGAAUGGCCUCCUGCCAAAUUCCAUGUACAGGAAAAUCGUGCAUGGAUAAUGCUCCUAAAAGCAUCACUUAACAUUACACGGAUAGGCAGAUCUGCUGCUGAAUUAUGGGUGAAAUCCCAGGGAGACUCAGCAGAUCUGGGUUCAGGCAAGAAACUCUCUUGCUUUCCAGGGUGCCUCGGGGCGCAGCUCCAGGCGGUGCAGGGGUGACCUGCACUGCUGUUGUCUUCACUUCAACGUGCUUGAUCUCCUCUCUACAAAACUGGGCCCAGAACUGCUCUGCUUCAAGUAUGUGAGAUGAUGGAACUGUAACUACAACAACCAUGCUGUUUCAUCUCCUUUGAUCACAGGGAGCUUUUGUAUCUUCUUGAAAUGCUUUUGAAACCGAGACCCCAAGCCUGCAGCAUUACAAAUGUGUUUCAUUUCAUGCACGCAAAAGGUCUUAUCACAAAUCAGUAAUCACUUGCCUUGGAGAGGUUAUGUUUAUGUGCAGGCUCGGAGUGGCAGAGCACACUGGGAUUGUAGACUAAGACUAAGCUAUAUUUUUACUUGAAUCUUUUCAUUUCACCUUGUACAGAGUCCUGUGGAAUUGUGGACAUGAGAUCCAUCUCACAAGCUUGGGUACUCAGGAAUUACCAAGGCAGCUUUGCUAUGCAGCUUUACCCGGGAGCUGCUACCCUGCCCUUGCUCCCGCCCGGAGCAGAGAAAACCCUUUCCACUAAACUGCUGUCACUGUGAUGAUGUAAACAGAUUUCCAGGGGCAUCUGCUUAGAGGCCAGCCCGUUGAUUUUCACUGUGUUUUAAAUAGGGUUUGAACCAAACUCUCCGGGGAGAAAACGCCGUAACCCAUCAAUCUAUUGCAUUGCACAUGAAUGAAUGCGCUACAGGACAGACUCUCAGCUGCUGUAACUCAGCGUGGCUUUAUUGAUACGCUUAUAACAGCUUAUACCAGCUGAGACUCUCUCUCCUCCAUAUGCAAAUGAUAAUUGGAUGACUGAUACCAGAAAAAUGACCUUUUUUUCCUGUAAUCUUUUCCUUGUGCUUCUUCCAUUCAACUCACUUUGCCUUUUGCAUAAACUGGAUUUCACCAACAACAGCUUUGUACUAGUAAACCUGUUUUUCCCUUAAUCACUGCCAUUUUUCAAAUAAAAAGAGACUGAGCAGCAGGGACCAUC